AUGAGAAUCCCCUACGUCGACAACCCGCCAGAGACCACCACGACCGAGGACGCCGCCAUCGUCGCGCGCAUCCAGGCCCGCCGCGCCCCGCGCCCGCUCAUCCCGCUGGACCUGGCCCUGCUGCACGCGCCGCCCGUGGCCGACGGCUGGAACUCGUUCCUGGGCGCCGUGCGCACCCGGACGUCGCUGCCGGACGACCUGCGCGAGCUGGCCAUCUGCCGCGUCGCCGUCUGCAACGCCGCGUGGUUCGAGUGGGCGCACCACGCGCCGCUGGCCGUCGCGGGCGGCGUGAGCGCCGCGGCGCUCGACGUGGUCAAGGCUGAGGCGCUGCCGGCGGAGAGGCCGGCGGAGCUGCUAACCGAGAAGCAGUGGGCGGUGCUGAGGUACACAGAGGAGAUGACGAGGCAUGUCCAGGUCAAGGACGAGGUGUUUGCGCUGGUGAGGGCGCACUUUAACGAUCGUGAGACGGUAGAAAUUACCGCUACGGUGAGCGCAUACAACUGCGUCAGCCGGUUCUUGGUUGCACUCGAUGUCGGAGAGAAAAACGGAACCGGCCCCGGCGAUAUUGCAGCUCAUUGA